CAGUCGUUCGGUGAACAGGCUAACGGCUACAUCAGCUUGAACGCGCCCAUCGUGUGAUUUGAGAGACAAGUGGUUGGUUUAAACUGAAAAAGAUUGAUGGAGGAGCCAAGGAAAAUUCAAAAGGAAAAAUCUAGCGUGUCCAAAAACGAUAAUGGUACAAUGCAAAAUAAUGAAAAAACACCGGUUUUGGAAGUUCUUCUAAAUUAUUAUCUUUUGAAAAAUAUAUUUCAACAUUUAAAUGGCAGGAAUCUAGCGAGCGCUGCGAUGGUUUGCAGAUCCUGGUUAGAAGCUGCGAAUAAUGAGAAAAAGACAAGAGGUCCUUGUUACUUUAUAGAAUUUAACACAGAAUAUUCCUCCAAUUUUUUAUGGAACAUCAGGAACAUAAGAAUUAAACCAUCAAUAGGUUUCCUUUUUGUUCUUACAUACACAAAUUACGAUAUAGCAGAACUUGUAAAGAAUUUGCCUAAACAUUGUGAAACUAUAAUACUGUAUAAUGAUGGUAUUAUUAUGGAAAAAGAAUAUAAUGAAUCUCCAAAUAUGUUAUGUGCGUUUUUGCCACAAAUCCCGAACCUGAGAGUAAAAUCGUUUGAAUUGCCAGAAUAUUUUAUCAUAUCGAGAACAGCCGAAUAUCAGGAGAUAAUUAGCACAAUUGUAAAUAAUGAAAUAUCUACUUCGAAUCAUGAGACAUGUUUUAUGUUAUUUUGUAAUCAGGAGGGUCAUGAAACGGCACAAAGGUGGGCCUCAGCUAUACAGGAAAGUCAAGAAAAUAAAGUAGUCUCUGUAUGGGGUGGUGUGGUGAGAGACAUUCGCGAACAACGUGCACAUGCUGGCUUGUGCAGAGAACAAACAGAAAUCGAACUUUCUAAGGGACUGCCUACAUCACGUUGUGUCGCCGUUCUAAUUACUGGUCCUAUACAGACAUGGUCCAUGAUUUUGGAAUGGGAAUGCAAUACAGAAGAGCAAAUGGAAGCGAGAUUAAAUUUAUUUAAAGACAAAGUGAAGUUAAAGAAACAUUCCAUAGGAUUUAUCUUCGGAAGCCGAUUUCGUCAAUCUGAUAUGUUUAAUGAAUUUUAUUUAAAUAAUGAUGGUUAUUUAGAAUCAACAAUAUUCAAAAGAGUGUUCCCCACAGUAUCCUUAGUAGGUUGCCUUAGUUUUGGUCGCGAGUUUGGAAAAACUACUGCCGUCGAUGAGAAGAAAGAAAGAGAUAAUAAAGGGAAACAAGAUUGUAAGAAAUCUAAAUCUUGGUACAAUUGUGGCUCUACUGUGUUUUUGAUACUUACGUAUGGUUAACGUUUUUAAAGAGAAUAUAUGACUGCUACGUGCUGCGAACACAUUUUAUCACUCGUACAUUACUAGAUUUAGAUCUUGUAUUUACCAAUCUUUUUAAUUGCUAACAAAAUAUGAAAGCAAUGAUUGUUUAACAUUCACAGAACAAAAACGUACAGAAUAACGAACGACGUAGCAAUAAAUUCGAGUACUGAGAAUUGCAUCUUUUUCUAGAUGUAAUAUCUACGAAUGCGUGUUUUGUACGAAUUCUAAAAUAAUGUUACUGAUGAAUAAAGGAAACAAAUUAUAACUUAUGA